UCUGCCUGCUCCUCUCUACCGCCUUUCUCUCCCCUCCUCUCUCUCCUCUCUCUCUUCUCCUCCUCCCCUGCAGACUGUGGAUGGGGAGGUGUUUGAAUGUCUGCUGGCACAGUGGUCAUCGCUGGAGGGAUCCUGGCUGCAGUCAUCCUACUUACCAUCGUAGCUGUGCUGUGUAUAUGUAGACUGCAGUAUUACUGCGGCAAGGGGGGGGAGUCAGAGAAGGAGGAGGAAGAGGAGGAGGAGGAGGAGGAGGAGGAAGGGGAGGAGCAAAGGCUGGUGGACAUGUAUCCGCCUCGCCCCUUGGCCCUGCCUCCACCCCCGACCCCACCCAUCCAGGACCAUUACAGCGACCGCACAGAUUCAGACAUCUACCCCCCUACGUUCCUUACCGAGCCAGACGGCCCCGCCAGCCCCUCCCCCCUUUUCCCCCCACCCCCUCCACCACCGCCCCCCCCUCGGAGGAGGCAGCGCCCGCGCGGCUUCUGCCCGUCGUGCACUCACCGGGCGCUGCCCUUCCACCUCCAGCAUUCAGAGCACCUGUGCAACGGGGCCCGCGGGGAUGUGCUCUACCAAAGCGUCCAGCAGAGGGAGCCAGAGCCGCCCUUUCACCUGGAUGCCUUCCACAACAAACUGGGCUUCUGGCACUCCAGCAGCCCCACCCACUCGCUCCCUCACAGCUUCAGCACCGACGUCUGACCCAGCCUGUGAUAGCAGAUGGACUGCUGUCCUCUAACAACAUUAGGUUUGAUACCAGAGGUUUGGUUUGCUACCAGAGGCUUGGUUACCAGAGGUACUGAACUCUUGCAAAAUGGAACAAUUUAAACCAAAUCCAAACCAACCUAAAAUAACCUACUGACACGCUCACUUUAACACAACUAGUGGUGCAACGGAUCGACCCUCACGGUUCGGCAAGCAAGUGAUCCGCAGAUCAGCUGAUUAAAAAAAAAAAAAAGUUCUGCGUUCAUGUGAUCGGCGCAAGAUUAAAGGACAAUUCCGGUAUUUAGCACAUUGAGCGCCCUUUCUGGUUUGUCUAGGAUGAAAUAUAGUGGUUGACACAGCGAAAUGUUGACUAUUGGUCCUGUCUCGGGUAUUUGGCUAAUUUCGAAUCGCCUCUGCCUGCUUAAGAAUGGCUGGCUUGGGCAUUCACAAACCUGUCAUUAAAACAAAACGUUCGUUUUCAGAAAUGUGCAACACACCGAGUGGUUAGUGUUGUUCGUUGAUGUUCCUAAUCAAGUAUCGUAGCAAAAUACAGUUUCUGUUGCGUUUUAUUUUGAAUUUUGUAAAUCCCAUUGAAACGGAAACCGGACCGGAAGCGGAAAUGGGCGGUUGUUUGGUUGUAGUCUUUUCACUCGGUUCUCUGCAUCAACAGUAGAACCGAUCGAAAGGACUACAACCAGCCCCUCUUUCCGUUUCCGGUCAAAGAGCAAUGAGUCUUCAAACAGAAAUCAAUGGAUUUAUAAAAUGCCAAAUAAAACACAACAGAAACUAUAUUUCGCUACGAUACUUGAUGAAAAGGUAUUGCCUGGGGAGAGAGUAGACUCUAAACUCUCCCCAGUCAAUGCAGACAUCCUGAAUUUAAAGUUGUAAAUCCAGGUCUGGUGUGCUUCCUUUGGACACAGGUUUUUCUUUUUUAUUAUUUACUAUCCAUGUUAAAAAAAAGAAGGAAUAAUGCCUCAGAUUGCACUUUAAUUCUGAUUUAAAAUAUUUUGUAUUUUUUAUAUGUUUUUAUUUUAUGUGGACACAAGCAAUUUUUUUAAAAUAGUUACUAUGCUUAAAGGAAGCAGGAUUAUCACCUAAUUUUUCUCUUUACUUGGUUUUUACACAUUUGAUAAUGUUAUUUAAAGUCUUGUUAUCUUUUUUGUUGUUGUUGAUCCGAAAAUGAUGACUCAAAAACCGUGACACGAGGUUAGGGUUAGAACUAAACCAAUCCUGACAAACAUCCCUGCCUUAUCCAAAACUAACCCUACCUUAUUGAAACCAACUCUACCUGGACAAAACUAACCCUGAUUUAGCCCAAAUAACUCUACCUGAAACAAACCAACCCUACCUUAACGAAACCAAAUCUACCUUAACUAAUCUCAUUCAAACCAGUGUUUCAAACUAAAACAACCCUGAGUAUAUUGGAGCCGAACCAAAACGACUUCUCUGGGUUCCUUUGGGUAAAUCAGUUGAUUACACAUGACCCAAAGGAAACCAGAGAACAUUCUUCUGAUAGACAUACAGCACAGCUCUAAACAUCUGCGUGGCAAGAAGGUUAUUGCAUAGUAGUGUAUGAUGUGUGUAUUUUUAUGACAUGGAUUUCAUAUUUCCCACAGUUCCAAAUACACUUUUUUUUGGUGUGUGUUUCACAGAUUCCCUCGAUAUUACAAUAUAAACCUUGAAUUAAUGUGUCGUUGUAUUGAGGUUCUAAGAUAAUAUGCCACCGUGAAUCAAUAUCAGAUGUACUUAUUAAAAGGGCUCAAAAAGAUGUCUGUAACAGCACUUUGGUUUCUGGAGGAAAUGUAUCAAAAUUAAGAAAAAAGGGGGAUGUAGAGAUACAUGUGAAAACACUUUGGAUGUGCAGAGAGUUGCAAUAUAAAUACAGUUUUGAUUUAAAGAUAAUUAGAUAAUGAGAUAAUUAGGAUGUAAAGAUAGUUAAGGCGUACAUAUACUAAGGAUGUAAAGAUAGUUAGGAUAAAAAGAUAGUUACUAAAUUUUACAUCUAAAGACAAACAGGCUGUAAAGGUAGAUAAGGUUUUAAGAUAAUUAGGAUGUAAAGAUAGUAAGGAUGUUAAGUUAGCUAGGAUAUGAAUAUAGGAUCUAAAGAUGGUCAAGCUGUGCAGAUAAUUAGGAUGUAAAGAUUGUUAGGAUUGGAAGAAACUUAAGCUGUAAAGAUGAUAAGGAUGUAAAGAUAGUCAGGCUGUAAAAAUAAUUAGGAUGUAAACAUAGUUAGGCUGUAAAUAUUGUAAGGAUGUAAAUCAAGUUAGGAUCGGAAAAAAGUUAGCAAUGAAACAUAGGCUGUGAAGAUAUUUUGGAUGUAAAGAUAGUGUAAUAAACCUAGCAUGUGAGGUCAGAAUGUUAGCGGCUUGAGGGAUAUGAUCUACAACCCAGGAAGCACCACACAGGUAGAAACAAUAAAACAUUUUUAAUGUAAUUCAGGCAGUCACCAAACAUGUCAGACUGGGUCAGGUUGCAACCCGGUCUCACGAAAAUACGUGACACUGUCACGUUAUUUAAUCUAUUGAAACGUGAUCAGGGACACGUCUUUUCAAAAUUUUCGUGUCAAAAAGCACAUAUUUCAAACCCAUG